CCUUGGUACCCCCCAAUAAGACAACAAUAGCUAGCUGUGACAAGCUCACAUUGGUGCUGGCCGCUGUUUGGUGUGUGGUGGCUGGAAGCUUGUCCCCAGAGAUUGCCCAUACUUAACCGUGACGCUACUAUUGGUGGAUUCAUAUAUAAUUCAUUGGAAAUUGUGUAGGCGAAGUUCUCCACUCGGUGCGGCUGCUAGCUCCACACGCCGCGCUGUAUCCUGGUCUGUAUAUAGUUUGAGCUUUGGAUCACGACUUUCCUUACGAACGGACAAGGACGGAACUCGCACAAACUUUUUAAACUGGACUACAUUUGUACAUCCCUAACUCCUUUGGACGAAUCUUCACCCGGAAAAAAACAAAAUCUGGAUACGGAAAAGGAGAAGAUAUUAAUUUUCCUAACCUCUCUUUUCAAGUGGAAUUUAUUAUAAAAGGAAAGUACACACCACCAAACAGUAUAAGAUGCGAGGGGUUGGACGGCAGGAGAUAGCUGUACUUCUGUUCGUUCUAUCGUGCGCAUGCGUAUAUGGUAUGAAAAUCGACUUUUCAAGGCUAAGGCAACUCAGGAAACCAUUCAUACUAGAGAAACGAGGUCCUUCAGAAGCAGCAAACAGUUGUCCCCCUGACAAGCCGUUUUUAUGCAAAACGGCGGGAGCAUGUAUACCCCUGGAGUAUAUCUGUAACCACGUCCGGGACUGCCCAGAGGGCUUCGACGAAAACCCUCUUUUAUGCAACGCAAAAAACAGACCCUCCGUAGAAGAAAUAGAAGAUUUUCUGAUAAAGAACGAAAAAUGGAUUAUUCCAAAACUUUUUGACGGAGCAGACCCAGAACUAGUAGCUCACAGUCUGGCUGUUGCAUCAGACCUGGAAGAUUUGAAGUUGAUGGUGGGGAUGGGCGAGGACGCUGCGGACAAUCUUCACGAGGCGUUUUUAGCAGUGCUGGAUGGUGACGAGCGACCCUUGCGGAAGAUGGGAAUGCCAGACGAAGAGUGGUAUGACGUCAGCUACAUGCUCGACAAAUUCAGGGAAGGAGGACUCAACGUCUGACGUCACUGAAGAUGACCAUUCCAAACACGGAAGCCAGCCGUCUUUGAAUAGAAAAAAAAGAACUAAAAAAAGAAACAUGACAUAGAUAUUUUGUACAAAAAAAUGAAAUUCAACUAUUAACGGGACGUAAGAAAUGUAUUUUCCAGUUACAUGAGGUUUUUGAGAAUUUAUUUUUGUCUGAGAUCAGUUUAGGAUGUCCGAUAUGUUAACACAUGUCAGUUGUAGGUGAGCCCAUCUUGUGUUCAUCAUUUACACACUUUCGCGAGUUGUGGGCAAAACAAAUCGAAACAUUAUUGUGUAGACAUGUUAUUAUUUAAUAGAUAAGAAGAAGAUCAGAUAUUGCUACUUACUUGGGUUUGCACAAUGCAUGUGAUUAUAUGAUAACUAAGGGCAAACGAAAAUUUCUUAGUUGACAAUUGACAAUUAUUAUUUCUAGGUUGAGAGAGUGUGUGAGAGGGCAGAAAGUGAUAUAAAUAUAUAUACCGUUAUGUUGUCUACCACACAUAUCCAAGACUGUCCUCGGCCGCACUGUUUAUACCGGUCAUGUUUUAAUUUAAAAAAAACAACUAAAUAUAUCCCAUUGAUCACAUUCCCGUAUGUCAACACGACCACAAUAGAACCAAUGCUUUACAUAUUUCGGCUAGCGAUUUACGGAAUACAUUCCAGUACAAUGUACUAUAAUCAUUGUGAUAAAACAAGUAUGUCUGGUUCAGAAAAAUAUCCCACGGUUAUAAACCUUUGCUAUUAGCCGGUUUUCAACAUUCUAAACAUCACUAAAACCUAUUCUUUAUACGUAAACAAUUCAGAUUCGGUAUUCUAGGUAUAAUAUUUUUUAUUUCCAUACGAAUUGGAAAAGAAAACAUGCAUAUGUAACUGGUAUUCUCUUCGCUGGUAUAGGGGAGAAUGAGACUAACAUAUAAAUGGUUUUAUCUGGUUUAGAGAGGGGAGAGAGCAAACAACGGUGGUAAGUUGUAUUGUCUGGGUGAGGUAGACAAAGAUAUGUAUUAGGUAGUUCUGCUCGGUUUAAUUAGUAAAAAUUCAAAGAAUACAUUUACGAUAUAAAUGGCUGAUACAACACCUUUACAAUUGCUAUGACUUGAUUAGACUUGAUAAACAAAUCUAAGGUCACCUGAGGCCACAAUAACCCACUAGGUAUGUAAAUAUACUGACAAAUGAUCGAAUACACAUUAUAGAUACAAUAUUAGAUAUCGCCUUGUUAUUUUAACUAUUACAAAGUAUAUACAUAUGCCUUUUCCGUUGAUUUCAAACAUAAGAUUUUAUUUUGUUUUCUAUGAGUAUGCUUGUGGCAAAAUGCUCUUCUGCAUUCGCUUUGUAGUAGGUGAAGACUGGUUUUUUUAUACAUAUUCGCCUGGGCAUUGUCACAGCAGCAUCCUUGGUUUAUUGUCCGAUAUGUCGGCAACCUCAGUAAAUUCAUUGUAAUUAUAUAUUUUCUCUCUAAGAUGUUGAUCCUCUUUCUAAGACAAGUUAAACCAAUUGCGAUAUCCAGAUGUAAUUCACUCCACCGAUGUUUAUUAUGAGAAAAUCCAAAAGACAAUAAUUAUGAGGGGAUCAGAAUGAGCUACAUAAAGAUUAGGUGAUUUGACACGCGGGUAAACACGACGUGAGGCGAGCAGUCGUCUUCUGUUAAACUGUCUGGACAGAGGGUGCCACCACACAGUGUGGUUAACACGUAGUGACACGGAGACACAAUCUGCCAGUAAGCCCCUUCAAGCCAUAUGGUAUGUCACGGCGUAUAAUCACACGUCCAUUGGCUGUCAGACAACGGCUCGUAAAGAUCGAUUGGUCAACGGAUAGGAUCAAAUGAAUUGUCUAAAUAAAAAGAAAUAAAAAGGACGUGGAUGAACCUGGUGGAACAAACGCCCUGAUGUAUCUGUAAGGACGGUUAGGUGCGCCCAGACUAGCUUUAAGUCACUCCGACAUUACCGAUUAUAUUGUCGGUUAAAUUGGAAGUAUGUUAAAGAUACUUACAUUUUUGUAUUUUAUUUAAACAUAACUAGUGAGUAAAAGAAUAAACUAAAAAAAUUCAGUAACAGAUAUAACUGUACAUGUAUAAUUAAACUUAACUGCGAAUAUAAAAGUAUACCAAAAUAUCACAAACGAAUAUAACAGAAUGCGAAAACAGCACUAGCGAUAUAAAAGUAUACCAAAAAAUCACAAACGAAUAAAACAGUACACUAAACAACAUUUAAAAAAGUAUACUUAAGCUUUAUAAGAAAAUAAGAUACUUUGGUUAAACUUUACUGGCGAAAAUAUAAUAUAUUAAAUCUUGAAAAACGAAUAAAACAAACUAAAACUUCACUAACACAUACAAAUGUACACUCAAGCUUCACGGGUAUAUAUAGAAUACACUAGUCUGUCACUUAGUAUACACUAGUCUGUCACUGAGGAUACACUAGUAUGUCACUUAGGAUACACUAGUCUGUCACUUAGGAUACACUAGUAUGUCACUUAGUAUACACUAGUCUGUCACUUAGGAUACACUAGUAUGUCACUUAGUAUACACUAGUCUGUCACUGAGGAUACACUAGUAUGUCACUUAGGAUACACUAGUCUGUCACUGAGGAAUCGACUAGUCUGUCACUUAGGAAUACACUAGUCUGUCACUGAGGAUACACUAGUAUGUCACUGAGGAAUCCACUAGUCUGUCACUUAGGAUACAACAUUAAAACAGUAGAAGUAAGUUAACCUGCAACUGAAACAUCACCAGCGUAUAAACUCAGGAUUCCACCAUUUGUCGACCUUUCGCAGGAUGCCCAUGCGUGCUCGAUCGAGAAUAGCGAUUUGGACAACUGGUGUAAAUGUUACGUAAUAAAAACUACUAUCGCGUAUCAUUAUCUAUUCCCAAGGGCCAGGGGAACGUUCCUCAGCCUACACCGAUCUGACUAAUGUCGUCGACAAGCUAAGACAUAAAAUCAAUAUAUUAUGAAAGCUUGGAAUUUACUGAAUUUUGGUUGAUACUCUCUCGGAGAGGUUCGGUGUGAUUACGGUCUUAGGAGGAGGAUUUCCAUCGGACGGCGACAGUUUCCGUCGGCGACAUUGUAAAUCUAAUAACGUAUACUGGGCGGAAAGUCCCUAACGCUCCGUGUAGCGAUAAGUGAUUAGACAUACAGCGCAGCGCCUACAAAUAGAUGGCCAUAGAACGGCUUUGUUUAUACAGGAAGAGUUCCGCUUAUUUGUCUCGUCAUCUUUAAGCAAUCAUUUGAUGCAAAAAUAUCGACAUUUCACUGUCUAGACCAGAAUCAAUCGUACGCGGUCGUUUCAACAAUAUAUCGGAACACUUUGUUUUACUGCGCAGUAUAUGAUGCAGCAAUUUGUUAAACAUCCUUAUUUUUUUCUCUUUUCACUUUUGAAAUGAGUAAUCAACAUAAAUGUUGCUUUAAGACAAAAACACAAACGUAGAAUAUUUAGAGCCAGACUUUUUAUCUGUGUCACGUGAUGGCGUGUCUCCCUUGUGCGGCAGCUUGAUUGGACGAGAGAUGUGUGACGUGUAACGCAUUAACAGUAGUCGUUAUAGCCUCUGUUGCAUUCUUGUGGCAUCGUUUUGUUAUACUCGUUCAUGUUAAUAUUUAGAUAUUUAUUAUUAAAUAAUAUUUAUUCUAUAUAGAUUUAUUCUUAUUGGUUAAACAACAGUGUGGGUGGUCCUCUAGAGACCUUUGUUGGGUAGGAUGUUAAUAGGGAGGUUGUUUUGGGCGGAUAUCACAUACACUGCUACCCAAAUUACAUUAUUGACAUUAUUACAAAGCUCAUUUUACACGUGACCCCCGAAUAUGGAUGACGGCAUAGUGCUUCGAUCUCUCCGGCUAAAAAUGAUAAGUUGGCACCAACAAAAACUAAACAAUAUUUAAAAUGUGUUCCGUGGCCUAACACUGUAUUAGUAGAAAAAGAACCCCUGGGAUAUUAUUGUUAGAAGUAACUCUAAAAAGACAUGUGAAUUGUGUUGAGAUGGUGUAAGAGCAUUUACUAGGAAUUGUAUUUUGGUGACCAAUAUUUUACUGCUGGUGUUGAAGGGUAGAUACUAGUGUUGCUAACUCUUGUUUCCGGUCCGAUGUUGUCCGUGGCUUUCGUCCUGUGUCCUGUCAGGAGAACUAUGUCUUGUCCCUGUGGACACCUGGUAUCAGUGUGGUCACCCUAACGAUAGCUUUACUGUAUACUCCAACUGCAUGUGACAAACAUGUAAAGAAGCUAAGCUUAAACAUUAAGGAACUUUAGAUUAUAGUCAUUUACAACAAAUGAUAAAGCUGUGAAAUGCCUAUGUUAUUAGGAAUUCAUGAAACGUGAACACAUCAAUUUUAGACUGAAGAUUUGGUUUGAAGAUGUUAUAACGCUCAAAACUGUAAUAAAAUCGCAGUGUGGGGAUUUUUUAAGCAAUUAUAUUAUAGACAGAAUAAUUUUCAUAGAUUUUCGCAAAGUGUGCAAUGUACAUCUUGAUAUGGAAAUAAAAACAGAGAGGGAUACUAUUUAACACGUAAAUUCAUUAGAUGAAACAUAGUUAUGAUCUGUCUCUGACAGACUGGUCCAAAUCUCAUGUAAAGUUAAUGAUUCUGAAUAAAAGAAUAUUUUGUUUCUUCGC